ACGAGUCCAGCGCACGCGUUCGCUCUGGCCCCAUUCCUCGUACUCGCCAGUCUUCCCAAUUCCCUUCUCGGCGAAUGGGUAGCUGCUCCAUAAUAGCAGCGCACCAUUGCCAGCGGUCAGGCAUAAUCAAUACCUGUUUUUCAUCGAUACAGAUUCGCUUUAUCUCGAAAUUUUUCGAUCAAACGUGCAAUUUGAAUACCAGCUUCAGUUACACGGAUAGAAUCGGGGGCUGUCAUAUCUAACUCUUGUAUUGAAAAGUGGCAAACAGCAGGAAUAAUUUCAAGAAAACAUGUCCGUGAACGGAAAAAGUAGUGAGCGAAAAAGCCAAUUUAUUGAUAUUGAGAAGCCAAAAUGGGACCAAGGAUCGUACCUGGGUCGGGCUCGCCAUUUCUUCACACUGACCAAUCCGAUGAACGUUUUUGCCACCGCUGAACAACUCGCCGAGGCUAGCGAUAUUGUUCAUAAAUAUAGGAAAGGUGAAAGCCUGGAGAAACUGGGGAUAACGGAAGAUAAACUGUGGAGCUGCAAGUAUCUUUACGACAGUGCGUAUCAUCCCGACACCGGGGAAAAGAUGAUCUUAAUUGGACGUAUGAGUGCUCAGGUGCCUAUGAAUAUGCUGAUCACUGGCUGCAUGAUGACCUUCUACAAGUCAACUCCGGCAGUCGUAUUCUGGCAAUGGUUCAAUCAGUCUUUCAACGCUUUGGUUAACUAUACGAAUCGGAGUGGAUCCAGUCCAAUCCCAGUAUCAACUUUGGUACAAAGUUACGUGGGGGCGACCGGGGGCGCCCUUUUUACGGCACUAUCCUUGAACCACCUUGCAAAGAAAGGACCGCCGUUGGCGGGGAGAUUGGUACCGCUUGCAGCAGUUGCUGCUGCUAACUGUGUCAACAUACCCAUGAUGCGGAUAACCGAAUUACGCGAAGGUAUCGAGCUUCAAAAUGAAAAAGGGCAAAAAGUAGGAAGCAGCGUUUCCGCCGCAAAACAGGCAAUCUUCUCCGUUACCUUUUCGCGAAUUCUGAUGGCCUCGCCUAGCAUGGUAUUAGCACCGCUGCUCAUGAACUACAUGGAAAAGAGAAACUUAUUGAGGCGGAUGCCAUGGGCAGCGGGUCCGAUUCAAGUCGCCCUUUGCGGUGUUUGCUUAACAUUUGCAACUCCCCUUUGCUGUGCAUUAUUUGCACAGCGCGUUGCCGUUCCCGUGAAAGAGUUGGAACCAGAAGUGCAAGAACAAAUACGAUCCAGGGAUCAAAACGCCGAAAUAGUAUACUAUAACAAGGGUUUAUAAGAAAACAGAAAUUUAGAUUUCACCUCAUAUUAUAUAGUCGGGUUGAAUAUAUUGCAAAUCGAAAUAACAAUGGGUUGUAUCGACUGUGUUGGAAAAAGUCUAGAGAAUUAGCCAACUUAAAAUUUAUGAUGAUCUGUCAGAAAUUUUUCUUGUGGUUUUUGUAAUCGAGUUACACACACCGGGCCAUGCCACCAGACCUGUCACUCGAUCAGCGAAAUUUUUUUUCAGUGAUUUUACCGAUUCUCGCGUAGCGAAUGGAGACGUAAGACACAAGCAUAUGUGUAUACGUACAGAGUCAUUUAUUCGUAACCCUGCAUGUAUUCACUUGAUACGUGUAGUAUCAGCGCUUGUAUAAUUAAUUAUACACAUAAAAUGACAAUAAUAGUGAAGAUAUUGCUUCUCGUGGCAAAUUUUCUUGCCAUAUUAUCCAAAUUUUAGAAUAAUAAGUAUUAAAUAAUAGUAACAUCGUUUUAAACUGAUUGCAAAUAUUAGUUCUCAGCCACAUUUCGCAAACGAUGUUAUGUUACAUAACUCUCUCGCCAAUCAAUUUUCACGUAAUAAGCUAUAGCCGCGUACAUUAGUGGCACUUGACCUUUGCAGUAUGAAUUGUCUACUCAAGCUGUUAAGGCUCGGAACGGAUACUUUGACCGAUUGCUGAAUUACACGUCGUAAGCCUGAUUUAGUUUUAUGACUAAACAUAUCGUGGUCUCAAAAGUCCACUUGAAUUUUCCGCAAUAACGUGAUAGUUAUGCAAUUAAUAGUUUUAUAUCAUAUAUCCUCAUUUAUACGUCAUGUCCCAGUGAACACGUUUAUGUCAACUUUUUCGCACUUAUCGACGUCAGAUACUGACGACGUAACAAAAAUAAUAUUCCUGAUAUCAAUUUGACAUAACGCUGGUGUGAUAAUGACGGUUAUAAUUUUUUUAGUUUAUAACUAUGCCGUCAAUAUGACUUUGUGAUUACAUAUACCUGAUAUCAUGCAGAUAUAAUGUAGUGGAUUGGAACACAGGCGUACAUCUUACACAAGAAUAUCACACAAUAAAAUACUCAAAACUUCACCUUGGUACAAUACAUUAUACAGAUCAACUAUACACUUAUAACUCAAACGUAGAAAUACGUAACAGAAUUAUUUGGUAACUUCUAUACAUACUAAACUUGAAAUGUUUCACCACCCACAAGAAAGGAUAUCAUGGAUUAGACUCUGAAUAACUCAUUAAAAAACAAUUUUUCUGUAAAACUACAUUUGAAAGAUGGACUUGAUUUUUGAAAGUUGAUAUCACGAGAAUGUAAAGAUUUCUUUCAAUUCUUUGAAUUUCUUGAUUUUUUUUAGUUUAUUAUUAAUAAAUGACAGAGUUUCUUUUCACCGGGGAUGACUUUAUAUGACCUGAUAUGGACGUAUAUAUCCUGAUAUUCUCAAACGUUUCGAAUAUACAAAAUCAUACGCGGACAUAUCUGGCUGAAUGCAUCGAAACUUGAUUUUUUAUUGACAUUUUUUGACACGGACAUACAUUGAAAUAUCGGGGCAUAUAUGACCUUCAUAUCAGAAGAUCUAUUGACGAGAUAAAAAAGCUAUGUGUAGGCCAUGUGCGGCCGGAUAUAACUAUAAAUGCUUAUAUAUAAUGAAAUCUAAGCAUUUAUAGCUGCAGUAGAGCGUCGAUCAUCCGAAAUAAUUGGGGCCGGGAACCAUUCGGAUAGUCAAAAAUUCUAAUUCGUUCAAUGCAUACAUACAUAGAUAGGUAUUUCAAACGGAUGAACUAUCUUCUGAUUCGAUCCAUAGUACUUUUGGUCAACAUUUAUAACGCUUACGUAAUAGAAUUUAUAGUGUAUAAAAUACAUGUAUUCAAAAACAAGUGGCAGAUGUAUGUAUAAUACAUAUUUCGUUUACUUCUUUCGAAAAAAGUCCACAAUUUUCCUCCUAUUUUACAACGGAACCUCGGCCUGUUAUGCGAAAAACCAAGAACUAAAUAAUCUUUCGGAUAAUUGACGUUUCGGAUAGAUUCAGAUCUUCUGAUUGGCAUGUUGUACAUAGUCUGACAUAUAUACCGAUAUCAAAAUGCAAUUCCGGUAAAAUAUUUUCUGAUAUAGACGUAUACGAGAAUAUUAGGGUAUAUAUAUAUGUCCAUAUCAGGUCAUAUCAAACCGUAUCAGAAAAUUAUAUCGGCCUAUCAGACUAUAAAUGGACUUAAGUAUCAGACAUUUUUUUCACGGGGAUGUAAUAAAGCUGACGUCCCUGUGAUGUAACCACUGUGGCAAAUUAUUCUCGAUAAUUAAAUAUUGCGAUUUUAAAGAAAAAAUUUAGAUUGUUUUUCUUUGGUUUUAUUAAAAUUGCUAAGUAUAUAUUUAUAAACAUUUUAAUGCCGACAUUCCUCAUGGCAAAUGAUUAAACAUUAUUGGCCUUGCAAUAUCAAAAAACUUAUUUUACGCUGCAAUUUCAAUGUUCCUCGAAAAAGUUGAAGAACUUUUUUUUGUUAUUCGGGAGACAAUACGAAAGAAAAUAUUACCUAUUACGUAAUAUGAUUUCAAUGUUAUGUCAAAUGUACAUAGACAAAUAAUCUCAGUGUUAUAGCACGGCGUUAUGUAAAUAUUAUGUAGCACUUAAAUCAUUUUUAAGUCAGUAUGACGUCAGAAUGAUAUCUUAUAAUUUUGCAUCAUAUCUUAGUAAGAAAACAUGUCACUAUUAUGUCAAAUUUACGUCAAAUUUCGUUACCUACCUGUGACCUACUAAUGAUGUAAAAUCAAGGUCAUGUGUUCUCACUGAGGUGUAUUUUUUCUGAAUAGAGAUGUCUUAUGUUCGAUAUAGUUUUAAGCGCCGGUGAUUAACGGAUCCACCAUCACAAUACAAGAUAUGAAAACUAAAAGAAUCUGAGUCUGUAUCGCUUUUCGAUCGUCAUAUUGAGACUGCAUGAAAUUCUUUUUUUUUUCGCAAUUGUAAAAGUAUAAUUUUAAGCGUAUAAAUAGUUCUUGAUUUAGUUGUGAGUUCGUUCUAACGAACAAGCCAAGUGGGGCAGCCUGAAAAUCUAAGCAUCGGUAGCAUAACUUUAACAUUGAUACGUUCUCGCAGAAUGUGAUUAGUUAAUGGUUAAAAAUUUGUUAAGUUUGAUUAUUAUAAUUCAUAUGGAAUAAGUAUUGUAGUAAAUUUUAUGUACAAUAUCGAUAAGAUAUUAUAAUUAAUGAUCAGAAACGUUGUCUGCCUCUGAGUUAUACAAAUUAAACGAUUUACUGUUCUUAAUCAUUA